CUCGCCUCCGGUUUCACUUCCAAACUCGAAAGCCCACCACUCCCCCCCCCCCCCCCCCCAACCUCCCUCGCUCGCCGUCUCGAUCAGAUCGGAUCGGAUCAAAGCGGGGCACGAUCUCGCGGUUUCCGAGGGGCCUGGAUUUCCCGAGGCGGCGGUUUCAGCCAUGAUGUCGCGGUCGUAUACCAACCUGCUCGAUCUCGCCGAGGGCAACUUCGCCGCGCUGGGCCCGGCGGGCGGCGGGGCGCGGCGGAGGUCGGGCUCGUUCGGGAUGAAGCGGAUGUCGCGGGUCAUGACGGUGCCGGGGACGCUGUCGGAGCUCGACGGGGAGGACGAGUCGGAGCCGGCGGCCACCAACAGCGUCGCCUCCGACGUGCCCUCCUCGGUGUCGGGCGAGCGCCUGCUUGUCGUCUCCAACCAGCUCCCAAUCGUCGCGCGCCGCCGCCCCGACGGCCGCGGCUGGUCCUUCUCCUGGGACGACGACUCGCUGCUCCUCCAGCUCCGCGACGGCAUUCCCGACGAGAUGGAGGUGCUCUUCGUCGGCGGCGUGCGCGCCGACAUCCCCCUCGCCGAGCAGGACGAGGUCUCGCAGGCGCUGUACGACCGCUUCCGCUGCGUCGGGGUGUUCCUCCCCGAGUCCCUCCACGACCGCUUCUACCACAGCUUCUGCAAGCGCCAACUCUGGCCUCUCUUCCACUACAUGCUCCCCUUCGCCUCUACACCAACCUCCUCCUCAUCCUCCUCAUCGGCUUCCCCGGCUGGCAACGGCCGCUUCGACCGCGGCUCGUGGGAGGCAUACGUGCUCGCCAACAAGUUCUUCUUCGAGAAGGUCGUGGAGGUCAUCAACCCGGAGGACGACUACGUGUGGGUCCACGACUACCACCUCAUGGCGCUUCCCACCUUCCUCCGCCGCCGCUUCAACCGCCUCCGCAUCGGCUUCUUCCUCCACAGCCCAUUCCCCUCCUCGGAGAUCUACCGCACCCUGCCUGUCCGCGAGGAGAUCCUAAAGGCGCUGCUCAAUUGUGAUCUCAUCGGGUUCCACACUUUCGAUUACGCCAGGCAUUUCCUCUCAUGCUGCAGUAGGAUGCUGGGAAUCGAAUACCAGUCCAAGCGUGGAUACAUUGGAUUGGAGUACUUUGGCCGCACUGUUGGGAUCAAAAUCAUGCCGGUGGGAGUUCAUAUGGAUCAGUUGCAGUCGGUUCUCUGCUUGCCGGACAGGCAGUGGAGAGUUUCCGAGCUGCAGCAGCAGUUUGAGGGGAAGACUGUGUUGCUCGGUAUGGAUGAUAUGGAUAUCUUUAAAGGGAUCAAUUUGAAGCUUCUUGCCUUUGAGAAUAUGCUGAGGACACACCCCAAGUGGCAGGGACGAGCAGUGUUGGUGCAGAUUGCAAAGCCAGUCCGUGGGAAGGGUAAAGAUCUGGAAGCCAUUGAGGCUGAGAUUCGUGAGAGCUACAAUAGGAUUAAUGAAGAGUUUGGCCGGUCCGGGUACAGCCCUGUUGUUUUUAUUGAUAGAGAUGUGUCUAGUGUGGAGAAGAGUGCCUACUAUACGAUUGCAGAAUGUGUGGUGGUGACCGCGGUAAGGGAUGGGAUGAACUUGACACCAUAUGAAUACAUCGUUUGUAGGCAGGGGAUACCUAGGUCGGAGUCCUCAUCGGAGGUGACUGGGCCGAAGAAGAGCAUGCUCGUAGUGUCAGAGUUCAUUGGGUGCUCACCGUCUUUGAGUGGUGCUAUUCGGGUUAACCCAUGGAAUGUAGAGGCAACUGCAGAGGCGAUGAAUGAGGCUAUUUCAAUGUCUGAUCAGGAGAAGCAGCUGAGGCACGAGAAGCAUUACCGUUAUGUCAGCACCCAUGAUGUUGCUUAUUGGUCAAAGAGCUUCAUCCAGGACUUGGAGAGGGCUUGCAAGGACCAUUUUAGAAGGACAUGCUGGGGCAUUGGAUUGGGAUUUGGUUUCAGGGUGGUGGCCUUAGACCCUCAUUUCACAAAGCUUAACAUGGAUUCUAUUGUUAUGGCUUACGAGAGGUCGGAGAGCAGAGCUAUAUUGCUCGACUAUGAUGGAACAUUGGUGCCGCAGACUUCCAUCAACAAGACACCCAGUGCAGAAGUUCUGAGGAUUAUCAAUGCCCUCUGCUCAGAUAAGAGGAACAUAGUUUUUCUUGUCAGUGGGAGAGGCCGGGAUAAAUUGGGUGAAUGGUUUUCCUCAUGUCCGAAGCUGGGUAUUGCAUCUGAACAUGGCUACUUCUUAAGGUGGAGUAGAGAUGAAGAAUGGCAAACGUGCGCCCAGGCUUCGGACUUCGGAUGGAUGGAAAUGGCUGAACCAGUGAUGAAUUUGUAUACAGAAUCAACUGAUGGAUCGUACAUUGAGACCAAGGAAAGUGCUUUGGUGUGGCACCAUCAAGAUGCUGACUCAGGCUUUGGAUCCUCACAGGCCAAAGAGAUGCUUGAUCACCUGGAGAGUGUACUGGCGAAUGAACCAGUCUCUGUCAAGAGUGGCCAGUUUAUUGUUGAAGUCAAACCUCAGGGAGUAAGCAAGGGAGUAAUAGCUGAAAAGAUACUGGUAUCAAUGAAAGAGAGAGGAAAGCAGGCCGACUUUGUGUUGUGUAUUGGUGACGACAGGUCGGACGAGGAUAUGUUUGAAAGCAUUGCCGACAUAAUCAAAAGGGGUAUGGUUGCCCCCAAAACACCAUUGUUUGCAUGCACUGUGGGACAAAAACCAAGCAAAGCAAAAUUCUACUUGGAUGAUACGUUUGAAGUGGCCACCAUGCUGAGUGCGCUGGCGGAUGCAACAGAUCCUGAACCUAUGACUGGCUCCGCUGAUGAGUUGGUUACGUCUAUGUCCUCAUUUGAUAUUGGUGGUGAACAAAGUCAGUCAAGGGAUAGACCUUUCGAUGGAUUGUAGUUCAGAUCUUGGUUAAAUCUGCAGAUUAUGGCGAUUGAUUCAACAGUCGCUUCUACUCAUAUAUUCUGACGGAUAUGAAGAUGGAUACUCAAGGUAUGACUAACACCAGGGCCUAUGAUGUGAAGCUAGUGCAGAAGCAUGCUCGAUUCUCCAGCCGGGCAAGACAUUGCAAUCUUUUGCUGCAAAACGCAGGUCCCUAUGUCAAUAGCUGACUCGUCACCUCUCUUUGGAACUUUCUCUUAAACCUUUUCCUUCUCUAGUAAAACGAGAAGCUUCCUGGAAGGCAAGUGGACUGUAUGGACGGGGUAAUGGGCACUUGGGAUUCUAGGAUCGGCACUGCACAUGGAAAUUCAAUGGAGUGCAUUCUCAGUCUGUGAUCCCGUGUAAACAAGUUACACAUCGGUUUCGUUUUCGGAGUCUAAAGUCGUAGUAAAUGUGAAUGGUGAGAUUUGGUUCGUUAUUUGAAACCCUUUGUUUUUGCUA